AUCCACCCAGUUGGAGGUGAUGUCAUCCUAGGAAUUAUAAAAAGUUAAUUAAUUAAGUGAAAUCGAACAGAUGCGCGCGCAUUAUAUGGGCUUGACCAACAAUCAAGUAACAACACAAGGUUAAAACUGAGCUUUCUGUAUUGUACCUUUGGUUUUAAAAAUGGUCACAAUCACAAAGUUGUUUUGACAGAAAAGUGCCUUAGGACUGUAUGAAAUGGAUAUUGAAUAUAACAAUAUAACUUAUUGGAAUAAAUGAUAAUUAUCAACAUCUACCGAUGGACAAUUGCUGUUCCUCCCAUCAAUCACCAAGACCUCAAAGAAGAAUUAAUGGAUUUCAAUUGCCCCUGAACUUCCAACAAGUCACAAGCUGGGUCGUGUUUAUUGCGACUGGCGCGUUAAAUUUUCUUAUAUUGAUAGACAUACAAUUCAACGAACUGAGGACGAUAUCGUUGGUGAUAUUCACUGUACUCUAUAUCUCUCACGUUUCAUCGAAUCUAACGGCCUCGUUAUUAGAUCCGAGCGAAAAAGAAUUGAGAAAAUUGGCUGUUUACAAUGUUCCUGAGUUUGAUCGAGCAGUUCACGCCCACGUUAUUGAAAAUGGAAGAUGCCAUCUGUGCAACAUACACACAAGCAGCAGAAGGACCAAACAUUGCAGUAUUUGCAAUAAAUGCGUGGACAACUUCGAUCACCACUGCAAGUGGCUUAACAACUGCGUUGGCCGAAGGAACUAUCUGGCGUUUGUUGCCUGCGUUAUUACGGCUCUCAUGAUAUCUACAUUAACAACAUCAUUAUGUGUAGCAGACAUUGUGAUAUUUUUUACAAAUCCCAAAUAUUUUAGCAUCGAAGCACAAAACUUUAUUAAUUGUAGUACUUCAUACAGUAGCACGAUCGUGAUCCCAGGGUUUUGUAGGACUUCUAUAUCUUUCCUUAUAUUUUUGAUUUUAUUUUGUGUAAUGGCGUUAGCCAUCGGGUGUGCCUUAUUACAUUUGUGCUGUUUCCACAUUUAUAUAUCGUUGCUAGGAGUUACAACUUAUGAAUAUGUGGUGAGGAGUGGAGACUCGAUGACUCCUUCAUGCAAUUGUUUAAAGGAUUGUAAGUGUUAUAGGUGGAAUAUAUCUAAAGACUUGUAUACCAUAAGACAACCGAAACGCCAGGGGCACGGUCGAACUAAUGAUAACACUGAUGAUGGUACUGUGGCAAAUAAAUUAGAAGUUUCUCGUACCGCAGAUAUACAUAAUGGGGAAGCACACGUUAUAAACUUUAUUAGUAUACUAAUUAAUAAUGAAUUAGAUAAAGCAAGGAAAAUGUUUCUAUAUGAUAAGAACAAAAUACACCCUCACGAAGCAAGUAGUAGCAGAUAGCACACUUCUAUUUCUAUUUUAGUAAUUUUUAGAUGCACUCUCCUUCAGUGUCGUUCCGUUAUUUAGUGAAGGUAGUUUUAUGAUAAGCACAAAUGCUUUCACUGUUUUGUUAUUAUUGUAGGUAGUUUCUAGACACAUGAACCAGAAAGGACCGAAAAUCAUUUGCACCAUAAAGGCUAUAAAAAAAAAACAAUAUGAGAAUGACGAUCGAUGAAAUAACACUACUCAAUGUUUUUUGCACUGGUCUAUAACAAUUAAUCUUUUUACGUCGUAUUUAGCUCCCUACUAUCUAAUUACAUUAGGUACAUGUUUCUCCAUUUACGUUAACAAUAAGAAUAAUCUUGGAAUUUAUAGCAAUUGCCUAUUGUGCCUAUGCGUAAGAGACACGAUUGUGUCAGUAUUUGUAUUGAAAAUGCGGCGUUUUUAUAAUAUGUAUAAACCAGGCAUUUCUGAUUACCUAUUUUUAUUGUUAUUAAAUUCUUAUUACAAGUUUCAGUUUUAUUUACACAGCCACAUAAUGAAAUAGAUCUCAAUAAAUAUUGAAAUUAUUUACCUAAUGACGUAUGACGUAAAUGGUGCCCGCUGUGGGGAAGGGGGGGGGGACAGGACGUAUGCUGAUUAGUUCCAACUAUGUA